CAGGCUCGUUUCUCAUAUGUGCGGAUGAAAUACCUUUUCUUUUCCUGGUUGGCAGUUUUUGUUGGAAGCUGGAUUAUAUAUGUGCAGUACUCCACCUAUACAGAACUAUGCAGAGGAAAGGACUGUAAGAAAAUAAUAUGCGACAAGUACAAGAAUGGAGUUAUUGAUGGGCCCGCAUGUAACAGCCUUUGUGUUACAGAAACUCUUUACUUUGGAAAAUGCUUAUCUACCAAGCCCAACAAUCAGCUAUAAAUGCUUACAUGAAGAAACAAGAGAGAUCUCAAAGAAACAACCUAAUCUACAACUUAAGAUGUAUUUAGGGAUUUGGGAUAAUCUACCAGGGGUUGUGAAAUGUCAAAUGGAACAAGCACUUCAUCUUGAUUUUGGAACUGAAUUGGAACCAAGAAAAGAAAUAGUGUUGUUUGAUAAACCAACUAGGGGAACUACUGUACAGAAAUUCAAAGAAAUGGUCUACAGUCUCUUUAAAGCAAAAUUGGGUGACCAGGGAAACCUCUCUGAACUGGUCAAUCUCAUCUUGACGGUGGCUGAUGGAGACAAAGAUGGCCAGGUUUCCUUGGGAGAAGCAAAGUCAGCAUGGGCACUUCUUCAAUUAAAUGAAUUUCUUCUCAUGGUGAUACUUCAAGAUAAGGAACAUACCCCCAAAUUAAUGGGAUUCUGUGGUGAUCUCUAUGUAAUGGAAAGUGUUGAAUAUACCUCUCUUUAUGGAAUAAGCCUUCCAUGGGUCAUUGAACUUUUUAUUCCCUCUGGGUUCAGAAGAAGCAUGGAUCAGUUGUUCACACCAUCAUGGCCCAGAAAGGCUAAAAUAGCCAUAGGACUUCUCGAGUUUGUGGAAGAUGUUUUCCACGGCCCCUACGGAAACUUUCUCAUGUGUGAUACUAGUGCCAAAAACCUAGGAUAUAAUGAUAAGUAUGAUUUGAAAAUGGUGGACAUGAGAAAAAUUGUGCCAGAGACAAACCUGAAAGAACUUAUAAAGGAUCGUCACUGUGAGUCUGAUUUGGACUGUGUCUAUGGCACGGAUUGUCGAACUAGCUGUGAUCAGAGUACAAUGAAAUGUACUUCAGAAGUGAUACAACCAAACUUGGCAAAAGCCUGUCAGUUACUCAAAGACUACCUAUUGCGUGGUGCUCCAAGUGAAAUUCGUGAAGAAUUAGAAAAGCAACUUUAUUCUUGUAUUGCUCUCAAAGUCACAGCAAAUCAAAUGGAAAUGGAACAUUCUUUGAUACUAAAUAACCUGAAAACAUUACUGUGGAAGAAAAUUUCCUACACAAAUGACUCUUAGUUCAUUUGGACAUUGUGACCAUUGUGGGAAACUUACCACUUAGAAAAGUUUGAGCACUCUAAAAAAAAAUGGCUUCUGAUUGAAAUCCCUGCCAGUACAAAACUCAUUUCCCAAUCCUAAGAAGCCAUCAUCUUAAAAUACAUGUCUAUUGCUGAAUGACGGGAGGUAUAGGAUCAAUAGGUCCCCAAAAUGUAAUUCCUGCUUUCAGAAGUCCUGGUACAUUUCCCAGUACAUUCACUGUGUAACUAUUUGACUGACUUUAAAAUAAUGCUGUGAAGCCUCAUUCCAGACAUCAACAGUGAGAUUAUUUUGUAGAUUUGUUAGUCAAAAUACCACUGCUGGAAACAUUGUUUGCGUUGAAGCUGCUGUUUGAAAUUUAUACAUAAAUUUACUAAUGUCUUAGCAUGGUAAAGUUUGCACAUUAACAGAAAUGAAGACUGCAAAGCAGAUAAAUUAAAAUUACUGAUUUAUAAAUAGA